AUGUCUACUGUGUUACAUCUAUUUAAUAAUUUUCUAAAUAAUCCAUUAUAUCAUGCACCAUUAUCAUUAAUAAAAGGUUUAAGACAAGGAAUUGUUUAUGGUGGUAAAGUUCGCUUUGCUCAUUCACUUGUUCAAGCAUUUUUAUUUCGUCAUGAACCAUGGUCCGAAAGAAUACAUUUUAUUCUACAGAUGACUUAUUUACAUGCAAAAAAUUUAGGUUUAUUUGUAUUCUUUUAUAAAACUCUUCGAAAAAUAGUUGCAUCCUGUUUUGGUAUAUCGAAAUCAUGGCGUGCAUUUAUUUGUGCAUUUAUUGUUGGUUAUUUUGUCUUCGGUGAACGUAAUAGUAUCAACGAACAAAUUAUUUUCUAUCUUCUAGCACGUAUUGUUGUUGGUUUUGCACGUUAUGCACAGAAACGUACAUGGUUACCGAAUACUAAACGACCUGUAUUUCCAUGGUUUGCUGCAUUUGUAUGGGGUGUUGUACUUUGGUUAUUUGAAUGCCAUCGUGAAACAUUACAACCAUCAUUAACACGUUCAAUGGUUUAUUUAUAUGAAAAUUCGAAUCGUUGGUCAUCUUUAAAUAAUUUUCUUUUACGUGAUAUAUCCGUAUAG